UGUAAAGCUUCGUUCCGUCCUUGGUGUGGUCAUCUGCCACAGGCACUGGCCGUCAGGAAGGUGCUGACCCCAUGCCCUCUCACCAAGUCCUUGCUGCCAGCUGGGUGCCAGGCUGUGCUGCAGAAUUAUUGUCCCCUGAAAGAGAGCACCUGAGUGAGUUUUCCCUCUGGCCGUUGUCUGCAGGGAUCCCAUUACCAUUCAUUGUAUGGAACGUGUCAGACCUUGCGGGUUCUUGGAUCAGAUCCCUGCGCUGGCACUGUUGCAAGGUGGCCUGUAUGUGUGCAGCAGGAGGCUGCAGGUUUUGCUUUCAUUGUGCCUCAUUCUCUGGACGAGCGGUUGUGCUGGGUCUGUGCCCUGGUGCUCCCUUCUGUCUGUGCUGCAGAGUGUCACAGGCUGUCACAAAGACUUCAUGGUACACACAGGCUGAGCUGAUAUUGCUGCCUUCAGGUGAUGACACAACUGAAGGUGUCCUUGGCAAUGGUUUGCCACAGGUGUGCGCUGGUAAGCGUGACCCACAGCUCACACGUUAAAGGCUUGUGGUUUGGACGGAUGUGUUUCUGGUCAUCUCAGUCCUAUGAGCAGUGCAGAAUUACUCACUCAUCAGCUGCAGUGAUGAAUCGGAAGGCAGAGGGGCUGACAGUGCUGGGAAACGAGCUGUUGUCCCCACUAUGACAGCUGUCAAUGACUCACGCAGCCCAUGGGCAGUCACUGCUGCUGUCCUGCUCCAUGCUGGCGAGGGUUGUGUGCACCCUCACUUCUGGUCUGAGAGCUGAUGUGCCUCUGCCUUGACUAUUCUCAGACCUUUCUUCCUUGGAGCUCUCAUUCUCGUAGCCCUGCCCCUUGUGCAGCAUCUGCCACUGGAUUGUGAUGUAGGACAGAUUACAGCUGGAGUGGAAAUUUUGGGUAGAAACCAUCUAUGCAGAGCUUGGGAACUUGCUCACCUCUCUGCAACCACAGCCCUGAGGGCUGCACCAUGUCUUGACCAGCACAUUCCCUUCCCAGUCCAGCAAAAGCACUUCCUCUGCAGCAUGCAAGCUGGGGAUGGGAAACAAGGCUGCAUGGAGCUCAGGAGAUCUUGGCAUCACACACAGGUGACUGUUAGUAACACUUCCUCCCAGGAUUGAGCUGUGCAAGUCACUGUCAUUGCUGGGGAGGACAGCUUGUAAACUGAGACCGGCUCUUGUCUGCGUGAUACCAGCUCUGGUGCCAUAGCACCCACCCAGCUGCCACAGCAAGUACUGCUUCGCAGACUCAGCCAGGAUAGACUCUCGUCAUGGAGAAGGGUGAAACACGGGCUCAUUUCCCUCACUGUAGCCCCGUGGUUGGAAAAAAUGCUUUCCAGUCAAAUAACAAGAGGCUUGCUGAAAGGUCUGGAGGAGCUGAUGGUUUUUUCAAGUCCAGACUUUCUCUAGGCUUUGAAGCUUGUUUGGCUGGCAUCCAUUUUCUUCUGGGUACUGGCAGGAGGACACCAGACUGCUGGAGGGAUGGUGGGAACGAUGGCACAGGCAAGAGGACCAAGCAGUGCGUUGCACUGCAUCCUUCUGUGUGAGGACACACAGGGCAUGGUCAGCACAGUACCCAGAGAUUUGCCUGAGGCUGCUGGAGCAAAGUGAAGUAAUGGAGCUGAGUAUCAAGAAACUCUUUGUGAUGUGGGUAGAGCUUAGAGCUUAUGCCUUGAGGGACAUGGUGUGGUCAGGUGUAGAAAUUGACCUGAUUUUGUUGCUGUCACCACCAGGGGAGUGAUAGCUGCUGGGUGAUCAGGGUGCCCAUAUCAGCCGAUCCAUGAGCCCUGUGUCCACUGAUGUCACAAGAAGCAAGUUUUCCCUCUUUAGUCACUGCUUGGCUUUCCAAGAGCAUUUAGAUCCUGCCACUGAGGUUAGGUCUGUCCUUAGAGCACAGGGCUGCAUCUUUCUCUGAGAGCCCAGGGGGUUCCUGCAGCACCUUCAUCCACCCCAGCUCUGCAGGGCAGCACAGACUGGGAUACAUUCCUGCUUCAGCAAGGUCUCAGCCCACCAGCACGAGGUAGGGAGCACACCAGGCUGAGGAGCUCAGAAGGGUCUGGUUCAAAAACAUCCUACCAAAAGCUCCAUCUGCAUAUCACAAGCUGACUCCUUCCUUAUUCACAGAAGGAGAUUGAAAUGAUAAUGUAGAGCUGCAUGCAAGUGGUGUUGAUGUCCCAGUGCGUGCAACAGUAUUUCCUUUUCCUCCUACCCUGCAGAUGCCAGGCUGCCUCCAACCAGCCCCUUGAGCUAACAGCCCAGUGAUGCAGCCUGUAGAGAAGCAAUGAGCUGUUCUCUGUUGUGACUCAACUACCAACAGUCUUUUCACAGAAGGUCAUAGAAAUGUCGGUAUUGUUAGGCCAGGGGCUGCCAGGACACAGCUCUCCUUCAGCAGCCUCUGGUGUGUGGUUCCCCAACCACUCUGCACACAUCUCAGAUGGUGCACAUCAGUGCUGGGCACUCCAGUCAGUCAGUCCAUCUGCACUGUCAGCAGCAGCUCUCAAUGCCUGCACUGUACCAUUUUGAGCUCGGAUUGGAAGUCAGUUGCAAGCAGUGGGGAUAUCUUCACCAUCAGAUCUGAGCUGCUGCCACGUGUUGCUGUUAUGGGUUGCCAGAUGAUUACCCAGCAGUAACCUUCACUGCUGAUGUCUGGAGCGUGAGUCCAUGUGCCACUUUCUGACAGCUCUGGAGAUAAAAAAGACCGUAAUCAGCCAGUAACCAAACAUAAAUGUCAAGCCAAGGGUGUUAUAGCAGGUUUCCUCGUGAGAAUGUGGUGUGAAAAGGAAGGAAGCUGUGUUGAGAGAUCUUCCUGCCCAAUGCAGCAACUCAGCAAGCACUGCACUAGCUACAUGCUGGUGGAAUAUCUGGGACAGAAAGAACCACCCCACCCGUUCAGCUCACUCAGGGCAUAGGUGGACAAUUGUGCCUCUCCCAGCAGCUUAAGCUGGCCAAGCUUGCCACACUCAGGCAGCUCUAUCUCUCAUGGUUUGUUUUUUUUUUAACAUGUUUUAUUAGUUCAUGUCAUUUUUAACACCUGUUGGUGAUGAUGCAAUUCAUUGCAGUAUCCCACUGAUGCUGGGGAGAAGGGGACAGGAAUGGAGUGCUGCAGUGACAGGGACAGGCUGGAAGAUGGCUGGUCAAUAAGACAUGCUUAAGUCCUCUGGAAAAGCCUUGUGGGCCUCGGUGGUGUGAUGGGUAACUUGCUAGACACUGGGUGGGGAUGGGUGUACAUGCAUUACUCGCUGUGAUGGAACUUGAGAAAUCCCUCUGAGGAGGUGGUACUUCGUUUUUGCUUUCAGUUGAGCAAGGCUGUAACUCCCCUAAUGCUGCUCUCUGAACUGCACAUUCUACUGGAGAGCAUCACUAUUUUUUUCCCUCCUUGUCCGAUGUUACUGAGUACAGAUUUGGCAGUGAGACUAGAGACUUCCUUGCAUAACCAGGCUGGAGGCAGAACCAAGCCCUACCUUUCCAUCUCCCACCUUUGUAGCAAUUGAAGAUCCAGAAUUUGCUUCUACCGUGCUCUUUAGAGCCUUGAAACAGAUUGGCUGGAAGAGAAGCACUAGCUCUGGAGAAUGGGAGUGCUGGUGCUAGUCAGAGUCAGCUCCUUCCGCUCCGACCUUUGCAUGCUAAGCUGAGAGCGCUGAAACCGCUGCUGCAGCAGCUUCCAUCUGUGGCCCAGUGCUUUUCACAGACAGCUGCAACGUCCUGGCAACACACUGAGCUCUGAGGAAAAGGUCAAGAGACCCGUUAAAGCUCUUUCCAAAAUGAGAGGGAAGUUUUGAGCAGGACAGAUAGGACGAUUUUCCUAGUUCUCCUCCGCUCCAACUUUCUCAGCCAGGCUCCACUAAAUGUGCCUGCCCUGCUUUGACGUGCCUGAUUGUUUUUCUUCUUUAGUGCUUAGUUUCCAUUUGCCACAAAUUCUGUGGGCCUGCUGCUGCUUGUGCGGAACUGUUACAGCUGCAGCACGAGGAGUGCCAGCACCAGUGGAGCAAAUAGCAUGGGGCAGUGAGUAGGGAUGGCCUUGCUAGGGCAGGAGCUCAUCCGUGGAGCGAUCUCACAUGUGAUUCUGAGGGUGUUUUCGUCAGGCUAAGUUGUGAAAAUAAGCAUAGACUGCCUUAAGGAAGAGCUUUGCUUUGAACUAGAGAGGCCCAGAUGCUCCCAGUGGGUCUCAGGGACUGGACCCAACACCAUAGCACCCAGCUCUCAGCUCAGCUGUUCUGCCUGCUUUGCAGACGUGGGGCCAUCGCCAGCCCCACAGAUCUGUGGGCAGCCUAUUUAACUCCUGCUUUCUGUGUCAACAGCCAGCGCCCCACCGCCAGGCACAAUGGAAACGUUUUUUAAGAGGCACUUUGGGAAGAAGGGGCUGCCAGGCCCACGUCGUGCCAGUGUGCUGGCAGUGCCCACGGGCAAGGCCCGCCGCCGCUCCCAGGCUGGGCUGCCCUCCGCUUCACUGGCCCAGCGCCGUCGUGGCUCGGGGGCCCCGCUGCCAGCCCUGUCCUGUUUGCCCCUGCCCCGCCGCCGUGGUCCCCGCCGUCGCUCCAGCACCACACCGCCGUGCCUCAGCCCCCGCUUUGCCGUGCAGCAGCGCGGGGGCUGCCCGCCAGCCAUCAGUGCCACACUGCUGGGGCCCUCCGUGCUGCUGGCCGGCCUCCUCCCCACCGGGCAGGAGGGUGCCGGGGAUGCCUCCAGCUCCUGGUCUGCAGAGGAUGGCGAUGGCAGGUUGGAUCGGGGCAGGUGGUGGGCCGAGGAGAGCUGGCUGAGCGUAUUGCCACGGCUGCGGCCGCUGCAGGUCAGGCUGCUGACACGGGGCCCUCGCUGCCUGCGCCGCACAUCCUCCCACUGCCUGCCCACUGACGUUGGCUGCAGCCGGGCUCCCCAUGGCCUGCCGGGCCGCUACCGUCGCCUCAGCCAGCGCCGCCGCUCCAGCAAUGUCCUCUGGCCUGGACUGCUGGCCACCACUCACACGCAGUGGCUGGCCCAGCAGUGCACAGGGGCUGCCCUCCCCGAGUGCUUGGGACCAGAAUCAGCCUGCUGCCCCGACGGCUGGAGCCCCAGGCUGCUGAAAGCUAUUGCCAAGUCCAGCCUCCAGCACAUGGUAGCCCAGCCAAACCCUGCACUAGCGCUGAGGAACGAGUCAGAGAGGCAGAUACGCAGCACUGUGGACUGGAGCGAGACUGCAGUCUAUGGGGAGCACAUCUGGUUUGAGACCAAUGUCUCUGGGGAUUUCUGCUAUGUCGGGGAGCAGAACUGCAUGGCCAAGCUGCUGCAAAAACCUCUCUCCAGGCGUAAGUGUGCAGCAUGCAAGAUCAUAGUGCAUACACCCUGCAUAGAACAGCUGGAGAAAAUAAAUUUCCGCUGCAAACCUUCCUUCAGGGAGUCAGGAUCUCGGAACGUACGGGAGCCCAUAGUUGUCCGGCAUCACUGGGUGCAUCGGAGGCGACAGGAAGGGAAAUGCCGGCAGUGUGGCAAGGGUUUCCAGCAGAAGUUUGCCUUCCACAGUAAGGAGAUUGUAGCCAUCAGCUGUUCUUGGUGCAAGCAAGCGUAUCACAGCAAAGUGUCCUGUUUCAUGCUGCAACACAUCGAAGAGCCCUGCUCACUAGGGGCUCAUGCUGCUGUCGUCGUUCCUCCCACCUGGAUUUUGCGGGUCCGACGGCCCCAGGUAAGGCAUAUCAGUUCAUGUGUUUUUGCAUGGCUCCUGUUUACCCAGCAGUUCCUCUAUAGUGUUUGGGUUUCGUUUUUUUUUUUUCAGAAUCCAAUGAAAUCCAGUAAGAAAAAGAAGAGGACAUCAUUCAAGAGAAAAUUGAGCAAAAAGGGUGCUGAGGAAGGGAGGUGGAAACCUUUUGUCAUCAAACCCAUGCCAGCUCCUCUCAUGAAGCCGUUGCUGGUGUUUGUGAACCCCAAGAGUGGUGGGAAUCAGGGAGCCAAGAUCAUCCAGUCCUUCAUGUGGUAUCUCAACCCACGGCAAGUUUUCGACCUCAGCCAGGGCGGUCCCAAGGAGGCGCUGGAGUUGUACCGCAAGGUCCACAACCUACGGAUCCUGGCAUGUGGGGGAGAUGGCACGGUGGGCUGGAUACUCUCCAUUCUAGACCAGCUGCGCCUCAACCCACCUCCUCCUGUGGCCAUCCUGCCGUUGGGGACAGGCAAUGACUUGGCCAGGACUCUGAACUGGGGUGGGGGUUACACAGAUGAGCCUCUGUCCAAGAUCUUGUCACAUGUGGAAGAUGGGAACAUUGUGCAGCUUGAUCGCUGGAACCUCCAUGUGGAAGCAAAUCCUGAAGCAAACCCUGAGGAAAAGGAUGAGGCAGCUGCUGACAAGCUUCCCUUGGAUGUCUUUAAUAACUACUUUAGCCUUGGUUUUGACGCGCGGGUGACGCUGGAAUUUCAUGAAUCCAGAGAGGCCAAUCCAGAGAAGUUCAACAGUCGGUUUCGGAAUAAAAUGUUCUAUGCUGGGACGGCUUUCUCCGACUUCCUCACAGGGAGCUCCAAAGAUUUAGCGAAGCACGUCAAGUUGGUUUGUGAUGGCACAGACCUGACUCCCAAAAUCCAGGACCUGAAGCCCCAGUGUUUGGUCUUCCUGAACAUCCCCAGAUACUGUGCAGGCACAAUGCCCUGGGGCAACCCUGGAGAGCACCACGACUUUGAGCCGCAGCGCCAUGAUGAUGGCUGCAUUGAAGUCAUUGGCUUCACCAUGACAUCCCUGGCUGCUUUGCAGGUGGGUGGCCACGGAGAGAGGCUGUGCCAGUGCCGGCAGGUGGUUCUCACCACGUCAAAGGCCAUCCCCAUGCAGGUAGAUGGAGAACCCUGCAAGCUGGCAGCUUCCUGCAUCCACAUCUCCCUGCGCAACCAAGCCAACAUGGUGCAGAAGACCAAGCGGCGCAAUUCCAUGCCUCUGCUCAACGACCAGCAGCCAGUGCCGGAGCGGCUGCGAAUCCGAGUGAGCCGAAUCAGCAUGCGAGACUAUGAGGCACUGCACUAUGACAAGGAAAAGCUGAAGGAAGCCUCUGUGCCACUGGGGAUCAUCGUGGUUCCAGGUGACAGUGACCUGGAGUUGUGCCGGACUCAAAUUGAGAGGCUGCAGGAGGAUUUCUCUCCACAGCCCUCUGCUUUGCAGCGCCUGCUCUUUCAGGAAGGAGAUGGAACCAAACCGAAGACACUGUCAUCCCAGAAGCUGUCGCCAAAAUGGUGCUUCCUGGACUCAACCACAGCAGAUCGAUUCUACAGGAUAGAUCGCGCUCAGGAGCACCUCAACUAUGUGACAGAGAUCUCUCAGGAUGAGCUCUAUGUGCUGGACCCGGAGCUGGUGAUCACCCAGACCGUAGGCACAUCUCCUGCCAUGCCUGAUCUUGUCGACUCAUCUGCCACACCUCCUGGGCACCAUUUUGCUUUCCCUUCCUCUUCCUCCUCUCCACCCUGCUCUCCUGCCCCCAGUGCUGACACUGAGCUCUGCCUCCCGCACAAAGAUGACCUGAUAGAAGCUGCCAAGAGUGGUAACUUCAGCAAGUUCCAAGAGCUGCACCGGGCUGGAAGGGACCUGAUGGUGCGAGACUCCUCUGGCCGAACUGUCCUCCACCACGCUGUCUUAUCAGGGAGCAAGGACAUCGUCAAAUACAUCAUUGAGAAUGCCCCUUCAGAAAUCCUCGAUGCCACAGAGGAAGAAAACGGAGAAACCAGCUUGCACCAGGCUGCAGCUCUGCGCCACCGCACUAUCUGCCACUACAUCGUGGAGGCCGGGGCAUCACUCAUGAAGACUGACCUGCAGGGAGACACCCCUAAGCACAGGGCCGAGAAAGCCAACGACCCCGACCUGGCUGCCUACCUCGAGAACCGACAGCACUACCAGAUGAUCCAGCGGGAGGACCAGGAGACAGCUGUGUAGCGCUCAGCGUGCCUUAGCCCGACCAGCUUGGGCAGGACGAGAAGAGGACGGCACCUGGCAGAGCUGUGAGUCUGGCCCAGCCCUCCCUACGUGUCAGCCCAGUCCCUGGAGGAGAUGGAGACAGCAGGGCUGUGCCCCAGGUUGGGCUGGGACUCUGUUUAUGAGGACAGGGGGUAUUUGGGACUUGAAGCCCUGCUCUUUGUGUGUCCCCCUUUGCCUCUCAUCCACCAUGUUCCCCGCUCCAGAUGGGCUCUAGCCCAGAGCCCCACUGGGGCAGGCAGGGAUGUAGCAAUCCAUCACCAUCACGCAGGGGAGCAGUGGGAGUGCCCCCAGCAAGUUCUUACCUAUGACCCAUGCAGGACACCACUGCUCAGCCCUCUGCCUGCUACUGGUAUCGCUCCAUUAGGCACUUCACCUUGUCCAGAAGAAGCACCAUGAUGUACUGCCUCUGAGUCCUGUUCUCUCUUGUCGGCCUGGGACUGCCCUUGGUCUCUGUGGCAGAAGACAAGUCCCUUGUGUUAGGAAAUGUGCACCCACCCGUUCCUCAGAGCAUCUGGGACUGGCACAGCUGGAUGCAGGGCAGCUGCUUUCAGUGCUGUGUCUGUGCUGCUCUCAGGGAUCUCCCCGUGCUCCCAACCUUUGUGACCGCUGCAUUCGGCUUCUGCCAUCCCCACAAAUCAGACUCAGGGUUUUGCAGGGAAACCUGGGAGGUCCCCCAGCCCAGGCACAAGCUCCCUGGACAGGCAGCCAGUGCACCUCCACAAGUUCUAACAGAAAUAUGCAUAGGAAGCACCAGGAUCCCUGGCCCUGAGUCAUGCGUGUCACAGGAUGGCAUUUGGGGCACCAGCUGCCAUGGCACACGAGGCGCCGUCUGCCCUGCAGAGGCCAUGAGUGCUGAGGUAGCACAGCAGCCCUUGUGCACACACUUCUGUAGAGCAGCAGUCCCUGGCUGCAGGGUGCCGGCAGAGGAGGAAGGCAGACGACGGUUGGCAUUGGUGCGUUCAAGUGUGAGGUGUGUGCAAAGCAGGUCUGGGUUGCAGCAUACAGGUGGGGUCCCAGGAGAGGAGGCCAGGGCGUCCCCAGUGUGCACUCACACCCGACUGUGGCCGUGGCGGGUGACAAUGCUCACAUCCCCCUACAACACAAAUACUGAAGGAAAAACAUGUAUCACAACACCACAAAGAACCACAAUGCUGACCAGGCUUUAGGCUGGGGCAGUUACCUUUGAGGCUAUGGGGCAGCUGCUGUCAUCUUCCCAAAGGUUCCAAUUGCUGGCCCUGCUAAAGGCCCAGCUCCCCCUUCUCCCCUGUUUGUACAUCCCCGUUUUUGUACAGGUAGUUCAGAUACACACUGUCCCUCUCCCCGCCGGGCCCCUCGCGUGAGCUGAGUUGCUGUGCAAUUCCGAGCCUGGCUGGUGUGUAGGCAGAGGCGGAGGGCUGUUGGUAGCCCUGCCUGCAUGGGGUUCUGUGCAAUACCCGGUUUGUUGUUCCCAGGCGCUGUGCUAGGACUGUAUUUUUGUAUCUGUGAGUGCUGGCUCUAGCAGGCCCGGGGCCUGGGGUCAGCCCGCGCUGCCCUCGCUUUUUGACUUUUGACUGUUUGGAUGUUGUUGUUUCUUGGCAUUGAAAUAAAAAAAUAACUAAAUGAA